AUGAGCUCUGCUAGAAACCAGGAUUACAAACACUUAUUUUUAUCUAUCUAUCUAUCUAUCUCAGUCUCUUCAUUAUCUAUCUCAGUCUCUUCAUUAUCUAUCUAUCUAUCUAUCUAUCUAUCUUAUCUAUCUAUCUAUCUAUCUCAGUCUCUCUCUAUUAUCUAUCUAUCUAUCUAUCUCAGUCUCUUAAAUAUCUAUCUAUCUCUUCAUUAUCUAUCUAUCUAUCUCAGUCUCUUCAUUAUUAUCCAUCUAUCUAUCUAUCUCCCAGUCUCUUCCAUCCAUCUAUCCAUCUCAUCUAUCUAUCUAUGUCUCUUCAGUCCAUCCCAGUCUUCAUUAUCUCCCCAGUCUCUUCUAUCUAUCUCCAUCUCAGUCAGUCUCUCUCUCCAUCUCUUCUAUCUAUCUAUCUAUCUAUCUCAGUCUCUUCAUCUAUCCAUCUAUCUCAUCUAUCUCAUCUAUCUCUAUCUCAGUCUCUCCAUCAUCCAUCUAUCUAUCUAUCUAUCCAUUAUCUAUCUAUCUAUCUAUCUAUCUAUCUAUCAGUCUCUUCAUCUAUCUAUCUAUCUAUCUCUAUCUCAUCUUCAUCUCAGUCUUCAUCUAUCCAUCUAUCUAUCUAUCUAUCUCAUCUCUUCAUCUCUAUCUAUCUAUCAUCUCAGUCUCUUCAUUAUUCAUCUAUCCAUCUAUCUAUCUAUCUAUCUCAGUCUCUUCAUUCCAUCUAUCUAUCUAUCUAUCUAUCUCUAUCUCAGUCUCUUCAUCUUCUAUCUAUCUAUCCAUCUCAGUCUCCAUUAUCAUAUCUAUCUAUCUAUCUCAUCUCUUCAUCAUCCAUCCAUCUAUCUAUCUCCAGUCUCUUCAUUAUCUAUCUAUCUAUCCAUAUCUAUCUCAGUCUCUUCAUCCAUCUAUCUAUCUAUCUAUCUCAGUCUCUUCAUUAUCUAUCUAUCUAUCUCAGUCCCCUUCAUUAUCAUCUAUCCAUCUAUCUCAUCCUAUCUAUCUAUCUAUCUAUCUCAGUCUCUUCAUUAUCUAUCUAUCUCUAUCUCUAUCUCAUCCAUCUCUUCCAUCCAUCCAUCUCUAUCUAUCCCCAUCUCUUCAUCUAUCUAUCCAUCUAGUCUCUUCAUUAUCUAUCUAUCUAUCUAUCUCAUUAUCUCUUCCAUCCCAUCUCUAUCUAUCUAUCUAUCUCUCAUCUCAGUCUCUUCUAUCCAUCUAUCCAUCUCCCUUCUAUCUAUCUAUCUAUCUCCCAUCUAUCCAUCCAUCCAUCCAUCCCAGUCUCUUCAUUAUCAUCUAUCUAUCUCAGUCUCUUCAUCUCCAUCUAUCUCAGUCUCUUCAUCCAUCCAUCUAUCUAUCCCAUCUAUCUCCAUCCAUCCAUCCUCCAUUAUCUAUCUCCAUCUAUCUAUCUCUUCAUCUAUCUAUCUCCAGUCCUUCCAUCCAUCCAGUCUCUUCAUUCCAUCUAUCUAUCUCCCAUCUUCAUCUAUCUCAUCUAUCUAUCUCAGUCUCUUCAUUCAUCUAUCCAUCUCCAUCCAUCUAUCUCCAUCUAUCUCAGUCUCUUCAUCCAUCUAUCUAUCUAUCUAUCUAUCUCAUCUAUCCAUCCCAGUCUCUUCAUAUCUAUCUAUCUAUCUAUCUCUCAUCUAUUAUCUAUCUCUAUCUAUCUCCAUCUCCAUCUAUCCCAGUCUCUUCAUUAUCUAUCCAUCUAUCUCAGUCUCUUCUCAGUCUCUCUUCCAGUCAUCUAUCUAUCUAUCUAUCUAUCUAUCUCAGUCUCUUCAUCUAUAUCUAUCUAUCUAUCUAUCUCAGUCUCUUCAUUAUCUAUCUAUCUAUCUAUCUCCAGUCUCUUCAUUAUCCAUCUAUCUAUCUCAGUCUAUCUCCAUCUAUCUAUCCAUCUAUCCCAGUCUCUUCAUUAUCUAUCUAUCUAUCUAUCUCAGUCUCUCCAUUAUCCAUCUAUCUAUCUAUCUCAUCAUCUCUCUAUCUCUAUCUAUCUAUCUCCCCAUCUCAGUCUCUUCAUCUAUCUAUCUAUCUAUCUAUCUUCAUUCUCUCUAUCCAUCCAUCUAUCUAUCUAUCUCAGUCUUUUCCAUCUAUCUCAUUAUCCAUCUCCAUCUAUCUCAGUCUCUCCAUCCAUCUUCAUCUAUCUAUCUCAUUCAUUCAUCUAUCUAUCUAUCUCAGUCUCUUCAUUCCAUCUAUCUAUCUAUCUAUCUCAUCUCUUCAUUAUCAUCUAUCUAUCUCUCUAUCUCAUCUUUAUCUAUCUAUCUAUCUAUCUAUCUCAUCUCUUCAUUAUCUAUCUAUCUAUCUAUCUCAGUCUCUUCAUUAUCAUCUCUUCAUCUAUCUAUCUAUCAGUCUCAGUCUCUUCAUUAUCUAUCUAUCUAUCUCAGUCUCUUCAUUAUCUAUCUAUCUAUCUCAUCUAUCUAUCUAUCUUUUUUUUUUUUUUAUAAUCUCUUCAAUAUCUAUCUAUCUAUUUUAGUCUUCUCGCCUAUCUAUCUAUCUUCUCCUAAAUUUCCCCAUUUUCCUAAAUCCCAUUUCACUCUAUCCCAGACAAAGUAA